AAGUACAAAAUCAAAGGAUGUAAAUGCAAGAUGCAAGACCUCUUUGCAAUGAUAUAUAGAGAAAUAUAAAAUUAUACACGGACCUAAUACUUAUACUGCGAUCUGUGCUGAAAACUGUUCCAUUUGAAUUUACUUUCAAACCACAGCUGUUUGACCAGUUGGUGGCUAACCCGUUUCACCAUCUGGUAACACCUGGUCGAGGAAUGGAGCCCAAAGUAACGAUCCACAGAUAUUAUAGCCGGCAAGCGAAAUAUGAAGGAGCCGUGGAAGCGGACUUGGAACUGUGCAUCAAGCACUGCGGCGGCGACGUGGUUCGCAUCGAACUGGUGAACCGGCUGCAUGGAAUCCAACUGCAGCGCAAGUUGCGUCGACUACUACUGCUCGUGUUCCUAUCCAUCGCUUAUUUUGUGGGGACCUGCGGGUUUGAUAACAGAACGAUUAGUUUCCUGCAGCCCCGCAUUCUGUACCCACUGAUAACAUGUGCUUCCGUGGCCAUCCUGCUGAUCCGAUCCACUUUGAAUCUGGUGCAGGCGGAGCGUUUGUUCUACAGCUGGGACAUGGCACUCCAAAUGGAGACGGUGCGCUCCUUUGGCAGGGAAUCGAUCCUCUGCGUCCAACGGGGACACAUCGAAGACAUAGUGCUAAACGAAGUUAUUGAAGAUUUGGACGUAAAGUACAUGCUAAUAUUACGUACAAAAGGAAGUCAAUUCAAGAAACGCCCUAUAAUACCCCUAUUCAAUAGUCAAUCCCCCUCAAUCGAGUGUCUGCAGCACACAUAUCGCGUGCUGCAUAAAUAUUGGCUGAACAGCACCAAAGACCGAUCAGAAGAGUCCUACAGCAAGGACAAGCAGUCCUUAGUGAAUUCGUAGUCCUUGGCCAUAUCGCUGAACUGUUGAAGUAUUUAUUAAACAGAGACUUAAUAACAUUUAGACAAACUUACCUGUACCGUGAA